GUGACACCGACACCGGGAAGAAAAAAAAAAAAAAAAAAACGACAGCUGUCUACUUCCGCGCAUGCGCAGAAUGCCAGCGACGGUUGAGCUACCAAACUGGUCAAACAGCGGCUGUGAAAAUGCAUAAGCUAAAGUCUUCACAGCGGGACAAGGUACGGCAGUUCAUGUCCUUCACACAAGCUGGAGAAAAGACAGCCGUGUACUGCCUGACGCAAAAUGACUGGAAACUAGAAGUUGCGACAGAUAACUACUUCCAGAAUCCAGAUCUCUACUCUAAGGAAUCUAUGAAAACAACAGUCGACAGGAAAAAACUGGAGCAGCUCUACAAUCGCUACAGAGAUCCCCAGGAUGAGAAUAAGAUCGGUAUUGACGGGAUCCAGCAGUUUUGUGAUGACCUCUCACUGGAUCCUGCCAGCAUCUCCGUCUUGGUUGUCGCCUGGAAAUUUCGUGCUGCCACUCAGUGCGAGUUCACCAAGAAGGAGUUUCUGGACGGAAUGACAGAACUGGGGUGUGACAGCCCAGAGAAACUAAAGGCCCUUUUGCCAAGAUUAGAGCAGGAGCUCAAAGACAGCGGCAAGUUCAAAGACUUUUACCAGUUCACCUUUAAUUUUGCUAAAAAUCCCGGACAGAAGGGUCUUGACUUGGAGAUGGCUGUAGCCUACUGGAAUCUGGUUCUGUCAGGGCGUUUUAAGUUCCUUGAUCUUUGGAAUAGAUUCUUAUUGGAGCACCAUAAACGAUCCAUCCCAAAGGACACAUGGAACUUAUUGUUGGAUUUUGGUAACAUGAUCGCCGAUGACAUGUCAAACUAUGAUGAAGAAGGCGCAUGGCCGGUGCUUAUAGAUGAUUUUGUGGAAUUUGCACGACCAAUCGUGAUGGGAUCAAAACGUAAAACUCUUUAAAUCAAACCCCAGCUAUGGAGAGCCCAAACAUUGUUUCUUUUACGGUGACUUCAUAGUUUUGUUUUUAAGACUUCUACAAAAAAAGGAAAAAGAUGAGUGAAACAACAACAAC